AUGGUGUCUUUAGUUGGGUCAAAACGCCGUGAAGCACGGACAGUUGCGCAAGCGGCUGUGCUCGAACCGGGCGGCGGAAUUAAGGCGGGACCAUGGCGAACUGCAGAUAUGGGUGGUGGUAGCGAAGAUCCUUACACGAUCCCUACCGCUACGCUCUACCGCUCCGCUUCGAGUGCAGCCGCUUGCACAUGUGUCCACGAACUUUAA